AGUUUGACGUUGCUAACUUAUAGGUAAAUAGAUAAGGCGGUGUCUAGCUGACAGGGCCGCCAUGAUAAAGAAAACUCGGUGGAAUAUUAUUACAGCUAAAAUGUAUGUCGGACAUAUAUUGGCAGUAUGCGCGGUUACUAGCCUUGUCGUCCAGGCUCAGAAUCUGUGUAACAGUACGGCAUGUGUUCUUCCUAACUGUCGGUGUUUCUCGGACCGUAGUAUACCGGGCUACAUUUCACCGUUUCAAACUCCUCAAAUCGUGACUCUAACGUUGCAGAACAAUCUCAAUUCCGCUAUCAAGCCUCUGUACGAUUCUUUGUUAAAUUUCCGAAAUCCAAACAACUGUACCAUACGGGUAUCGUUUUAUAUCGAAGACAAAGGGACGGAUUACAGCAUAGUGUCCAAGUAUGCCAGUCAGGGGCACGAAAUCGGGAUACACUCCGUCAAUGACACGGUUCCCCAGAACUCUUCUGACUGGAUCAACAUGUUAAAAUACAUGAAGAUUAAACUAGGUGUUUCCGGAAUUCCUGCCAACACUGUCGUCGGUGUGCGGGCCCCUUUCCUGUCAUUCGGAGGGACAGACGAAUACAUAGGCAUAGCGAAUAAUGGUAUGAUGUACGACUCCAGCUGUGUGACGUCAAAUUAUGUGACCCCCGGGACCUUAAAGUGGCCCUUUACCUACGAUUACGACUACGGGCUAUUCAAGUGCAACAUUGGAAAGAGUGUUUACCAAGCAUUUCCCGGACAAUGGCAGGUGAUGCUGGCCGCCUAUAAGUAUAACGGUACCGUAUGUGCUGUACCGGACGCCUGCCCAAACGUGAAAACAGAAGGUCAAGCGUUUGACAUCCUAAACGAGGCGUUCUUGGACCAUUACCUUGGGGACAGAGCUCCGUACACUAUGGUCAUUACCCCGGAAUGGAUGGUCACCGACUACAAAAAGGCCGGACUGAUUCAGUUCCUCACCAAUAUCACGGCACACCAUGAUGUCUGGCUAGUGUCACAGAUGCAGGCCUUAGAGUGGGUCCAGCACCCGACACCAUUGGCAAACAUCAUGGACUUUGCGCCAUGGAAGUGUUGAUGGGGUCCACCCGGAACACUGAGCUCAGUCUUUUCGUUUGGAAGAAGGCCCGACAUGUAUGACUGUGCGCGUGAAUUUUCGACGGUUUGAUAGUCUUUUACAUGACAACUUAACAAGUUUGAA